UAUGUCAAAGUCUUGUAAACUUAAAUCGUUACAAACAUUCGCACGUGCUUGAAACUAAUUUAAUAUUUUAAGGUCGAUUAAUUUUAAUUAAAAUUACAAAAUGUCAAUCGCCCUUAAUAAACAAUCUCAAAAAUUGUUUUCAAAUGCAGUAACAAGUAUUAAAAAAUAUAUUCAGGAAGGUAAACUUCGCGUUGAAGAUAAAGAUGAUAAAGUUAUUACGAAAACUGUUAAGCUUAAACGCAAACGCCCAGAGCGUGGUGUUGUAUAUUUAGGACAUAUUCCACAUGGAUUUUAUGAGGACGAAAUGAAAUCAUUUUUCAAUCAAUUUGGCACAGUUACAAAAGCACGAGUAUUUCGAUCAGAAAAAACAGGACGAAGUAAAGGAUAUGGAUUUGUUCAAUUUAGACAUCCCGAUGUAGCUAAAAUCGUUGCUGAAACUAUGAAUAAUUACUUAAUGUGUAAUCGACUUUUAAAAGCUGAGUAUAUUCCACCAGAACGCCAACAUUAUCGAAUGUUUUCUGGACUAGAUUUUAGUGAAAAAUGUUAUCCGAAAUUAUUUAGAAAAAUCAAGACAUUUAAACAGAAAAAUAAAAAUCGUACUGAUGAAAAACAUGCUGCUUUUUGUCGUAAACAAGUUAAAAAAAUUGAAAAAUUAAAACAAAUAUUGUUACAAAAUUUAGAGAUAAAAUAA